CCCACAGUGUUUACAACUACUAUCAAUAAACCGGUGAAGACAAGUCUCGUGGAAGAAGGGCGUUUUAUUCGCACACACCGGCGUUGGGUGAAACUCUGACGCCGUCGAGGGUGAAAGUGUUUAUAACGGAAUUGCAGGCAGAACCAAAGGCCGGGCAAGCCUCAACACAAGUAGGCUAGCGGGUGCUGUGAUGUCCUCGACCCCCAGCAGACUCAAACACCGAUACUGCAAGAAGAAGCACUAUCCCAGUAGCACUCACCUAACUCACGUCUGACAGCCAAACAAAGGACACAAGGCAAUUGGACGCCAGGUACAGGACUUGACAGGAGAAAAAGAUCAACAAAGAGAGAUGUCUGAAACAGCUGGAGGUGGGGAAAGUGGAGGUGCGACAGGAGCAGGGCAGGACCCUGAAGGGGAUAAUGAGCCCCCUCAUCAGGCUCCACCUUUGCCUGAAGGUGAUGACUUCGAGGUGGGGGCGACCUUGGAUGAAGGGGCAACUUUGCCUGCCAAACGUCCCAGAAUAAGCGAGGAGGAACAGGGACUGGAGCAGGUUGUCGAGAUGCUUGGAGAAACACCAGCACAGGUUGUCUUGCUGCAGGAAGGCCCAGCAUCACCACCACAAAGAACAGGAGAACCAAAACAGUGUGUGGAAGAAGGUCAAGUCAGGGAAGAGGUGUCCGUCAGUGGAGAAGGUGAAGAAGAAUGGCCUCAGAAUGGAGACGUAGGGCAUGAUGCACCCACAGAAGAAGGAGAGGCAAAACCAGAGGAUGGUCCAAACGGUGACGGAUCUGCAGACAGCCCCAGUGAAGCACAGUGCGUCGGCCUAGAUUUUACCCAGAAUCCCCAGAUGCUGACUGGUUCCUGCACAGAGUUCUCCAACCUCCCAGAGAAUUACCUCAAAGGCUGCAAAUGGGCCCCUGAUGGUUCCUGUAUCCUGACCAACAGUGCAGACAAUGUGCUCCGUGUGUACAACCUCCCUCCAGAGAUCUACAGCUACAACUGGGACCUGCUUCCUGAGAUGAGUCCAGUGCUCAGGAUGGCAGAGGGCGACACCAUCUACGACUACUGCUGGUACCCCAAGAUGAACUCUCUGGACGCGGACACAUGCUUUCUAGCCAGCAGUAGCCGUGACAACCCAGUCCACUUGUGGGAUGCAUUCUACGGGAAGGUGCGAGCCAGUUUCCGACCUUACAAUCACCUGGACGAGCUGACGGCGGCCCACUCUCUCUGCUUCUCGCCCGACGGAUCGAAGCUUUACUGCGGCUUCGACAAAACCGUCAGGGUGUUCUACACCGAUCGGCCAGGAAGAGACUGUGAGGAAUGGCCCACCGUAGUGAAGAAGCAGGGCCAAAGUGGCAUUAUCUCCUGCUUCGGCUUCAGCCCCUGCCAGUCUGUUUACGCCUGCGGCUCUUACUCCCGCUGCGCUGGCCUCUACUCCUGCCAAGACGGCUCCCAGCUGGCCCUGCUGCCCACCCGCCACCACGGAGGCCUCACCCAUCUGCUCUUCUCCCCCGACGGCAACUACCUGUACACCGGAGGACGCAAGGAUCCAGAAAUCCUGUGCUGGGACCUAAGAGACCCAGGCAAGGUUUUGUUUUCACUGAAGAGAAACGUCGCCACUAACCAACGCAUCUACUUUGAUCUGGACCCGUCUGGCAGGUACCUGCUGAGCGGGGACACAGGGGGGGUUGUGUCGGUUUGGGACACCCUGACAGCUCCUCCUAAUGGAGACGAGGAGUUACUGCAACCUCAGCUCAGGUUCAACGCCCAUUGGGACUGCACCAACGGCAUCAGUAUUCAUCCCUUCAUGCCACUGCUGGCAACAUCCAGCGGGCAGCGGCAGUUCCCGUCGCCCGGCGAGAGCGACUCUGAGGGCGAGGGAGGAGAGGCUGUGAUGUCACCUCAGGAGAUCAGACAGGACAACGCUCUGUCUCUGUGGUGGGCCGGACCCCUGGCCCCCGCCCCAGAGGGAGGCCCAGAGCCCAGCACAGAGGUGGUGGAGGCCUGAAGCUACUCUACACCUGCCAUGGGAUAUUUAUUUUGGGAACGAUCAAUAUUGAAAAUUAAGGAGAAGAGAGAAUUUGAAACAUUUAAAGUCCCACAACAGAUCUGACAUUCUUAAAAUAUCACCUGCAAAUUAACAACAUUGACUCGGGACUCUUACUCAGAGUUAACAUGAAAUUAUUUAACAUUGUAUUACAGUGUUUAAAUUGUUGUGAUGCCAAUUAUGAAAAUAAGAAAUGCUAAAAGCAGGGGGUUUUCUUUUACUUAGACAAGAUGUGGGUUGUAAAAGAACCUGAUAUUUCUAAAUUUUGUUAUUUAAUUCUUAGGAUCACUUCUGUUUUUGUUCUUAUCCAGCCAAGGUGAAAUGUCUCUAGCCUUUUAUUGAAAUGUAUGUCAAAUGAGCUUCCUGAAUUUGGUUGAAUUGGAGGCCUUGAGUGUCGUGAAGCAGCCUAGUGUCUGUCUACUGAUCGCCCCUCCAAUCUGAGUCGUAUCUGUGGGAGUGUGUGUUUACGUGUGUGGCUGUAAUGCUGCCCCGGAGAUUCCUAUACCGCUAUAGUUACAGUAAGUGCCAUUUGUUCUUGAGCUUUUGAUUUUGUAAACUGACGGAAUCUCCCGUUUUUACCUUCUUUUUUAAACUAUCGGGGUGUUGUGUCGCUCUGUGCGUGCCCACAAAUGUAUAUUUUUGUAAAGCCAUGAGGAUCACUAGUUUCUCGAAUGUAUUUCUCUGUAAGCAGCUAGCUGGUUUACCGUAACCUCAUACAAAUCUGUGAACGUCUUUUUAUUAGUGGGUUCACACGGAGUGAUGUCUAUUAUUUUUCUACAGAUCUGGCUCGGAUAGCAUUUGUACCUGUGUGAGUGGCGAUGUGGCUGCACAAAACGCAGUGUUUUGUAUAAUCGCAUCAAUAAUGUACCGCAGUGAUUUGAUGAAGGCUUAUGUUGCCAUUACCGGGGUGUGCUUUGUUUUAGGGUUUCUUUGCAGGUAGAUCAGAGGAAGCACAGCAUGCUCCAACCAAAGCCUGUACACACUGAGGAAUCUAUCCAUUGUAAAGCCUCUGCUGAUCCAGGCAUCACUUCUUGGAACUCAGAUGUGUUGCCAACAAAUAGAAGCUGCGAUUGUGUAGCUCAUAUGAGACACUACUACAGAUUUGCUCUACCAGGAACCAUGUAGGCCUUGAUGUGCGACAGUUGGCUUUCUGGUGUUUUUAUUCAACUGCAGUGAAUUAAAAGCAUAUCUCUUCACAUGU